CCUCUCUUCUUUCCUCCCCCAGACCCAACCACUUCGAUACCGAAUCCCAAAACAACCAACUAAACUCUCUCUCUCUCUCUCUCUCUCUCUCUCUUUCUUAGAUAUUCUCACUCCCGGAGGCGCGAGGUAUUAUGGAGUCGUUGUCGGCGGAGAAGAAGAAGAGUCCGUCGUCGUCCUCGUUGUCGCGCUUAUAUUUGAAAAGAUAGCAAGAAGAGAACCAGAGAGCUUUCGGAAGAAACGAACGUAGGGAAGGAAGAGAGAUGGGGUUCCAGCGGCGCCGCCACCACCACCACCACGACCGCCGGUGGGUGAUCCCGGCAGUGCCGGCGACCUACGCCCUCUCCGUCGCCGCGCUGCUUCUCCUCGUCGUCAUCGCCUUCCAAUCUCUCCUCUCCCCGCCCCUCCCAGACCACCCGUCCUUCCCCCACCCCCGCCGCCCCAAUCACCACUCCCUCCUGCUUAAGAAUCCGGUGGAGCUCCAGAGGAAUGUAGUUGGCGCCGAUACAUUUCGUGUUCCGAGUGGAGGAGGGAGUCCGGUGAGUGAUCUGUGGGACUCGAAGCAGGCUAAAUACUUCUAUGGAUGCAGCAAUGCGAGCAGUGAGUUUCCAAAAGCGGAAACCAUCAUUCAACCUAAUCGGUACUUGAUGAUUGCGACCAGUGGAGGAUUAAACCAGCAGCGGACGGGGAUAACAGAUGCUGUUGUUGCAGCUCGCAUUUUGAAUGUGACACUUGUUGUUCCUAAGCUGGAUGAAAAGUCUUUCUGGAAGGAUGCUAGUGAUUUUGCUGAAAUCUUUGAUGUUGACUGGUUCAUAUCUUCUCUCUCAAAGGAUGUUAAAAUUAUAAAACAGCUCCCAAAAAAGGGUGGAAAACGUAUUGGAACUCCUUACACCAUGCGUGUUCCAAGGAAGUGCACACCCAAAUGCUAUGAAACUCGAGUCUUACCUGUUCUUUUGAAAAAGCAUAUUGUUCAGCUAACGAAGUUCGACUAUAGGCUUUCAAACAAGUUGGAGAUUGAUCUUCAGAAACUGAGAUGUAGAGUUAAUUAUCAUGCCCUUAGAUUUACAGAUCCUAUACAAGAAAUGGGUGAGGGACUGAUUCAUAGAAUGAAGGCAAAAAGCAAGCACUUUAUUGCCCUUCACCUGAGAUUUGAACCUGAUAUGCUUGCCUUCUCUGGGUGCUAUUAUGGAGGAGGAGAAAAGGAAAGGACAGAACUGGGUGCCAUUCGCAAGAGGUGGAAAACCUUACAUACUAGCAACCCAGACAAGGAACGCAAACAUGGUAAAUGUCCACUAACACCUGAAGAAGUGGGCCUUGUGCUGAGAGCAUUGGGCUUUGGCAAGGAUGUUCACAUCUAUGUGGCAUCUGGUGAGGUAUAUGGCGGAGAGGAGACAUUGGCACCUCUGAAGGCACUCUUUCCUAAUUUUCAUUCAAAAGAAACUUUGGCAAGAAAGGAGGAGUUGGCACCAUUUGCAGGAUUUUCAUCACGCAUGGCUGCUCUUGAUUUCAUUGUAUGUGAUGGAAGCGAUGUAUUCGUAACAAACAAUAAUGGGAACAUGGCUAGGAUGUUGGCUGGUCGGAGGAGAUAUUUUGGACAUAAGAGGACCAUACGGCCAAAUGCUAAGAAACUGUACUCUCUGUUUCUGAACCGAACCAGCAUGACCUGGGAUGCGUUUGCAUCGAAGGUCCGCACUUAUCAAAAGGGAUUCAUGGGGGAGCCCAAAGAGGUCAGACCUGGUAGAGGUGAAUUUCAUGAAAACCCUUCAACAUGUAUAUGUGAAAAUUCCAAGGAAGCAUCAGGAAUUACCUCACGUAUUGAACCAAAAGUUGAAAUUAGAAAUGGAAAGGGUUAUUCAAGUAGCAGGGAAACGACGGAGAAUCUUCCUAGUGAUGAGGAGUCUGACUGGAGGGACCUGGAUUAUGGAGAAAAUACUCCUCUGGGGAGUUUACCCAGUGGCACAGACCAGGAACAUGACCUCCUCAUCAGAUCUGAAGUUCCAGAUUUGGAAGAAAUGCUUUCAGAUUAGAAAAGUCAUUUGGCUGUUGAACAGAGCAUUGCAUUUGACCCAUGCUUUUGUCAUAUUUCUUUGGUGUUUUGAAGGCUUUGCUUCAUCAAGCAAGUUCUGCUACUCAACUGCUCCAUUGUUCAACAUAUUGCAGUGUCAUCAGAGAAGAAGGUAAAUAGAAGAUAAAGCAGAUGAGAAUAUGAUAGAGAGCAUUAAGCUUAAAAUUUCCAUUUUUUCCUUUCAUUGUUUGGUUUUCAUGUGUCGAUGGUUAUAUUCUUUAUAUUUCCAGUAAAUAGGACCAAUAAUGGAAACUUUCUAUAAAUCAAGAGGCCAUCCUGCUAUUAAAUGUGAGUUUUCUUGGAAGGUCUUCCUGGAGAACCAUGAGAUGCUCAUGGUUCUAUUUCAUUGAUAGGCCUUUUGAUACUAUCGGAAAGGUCUCUGUGCCUGUUCCCAGUACACUUGAAAACCAAAUAAUAGAAGCAGAUUCUAAUAUCAAGGCUUGUCUUAUUCACAUAAUUUUUUUGUUUUUAAUGUUAUUUCGUUUAUCUAUAAUUUUACUAACUUGAUAUUCUUCGUCUUC